UUCCUCCUGGGCAAAGAUUGUAGCAGCUUAUUUGCUAGUCAGUGCAGUUUAUUUGCCUUACAUGUGUGAUUUGCCUUCGUGUGGUUUUAAGUGGAAAUUUGUGGGAGAAAGUGAUCCAAAGAUUAAGAGGCCUUUGUUUGCACCAUUUGAAGCCUAUUAUCUUCCAUCUGUACCACCCUCCCACCCUGGAGCUGCCCUAUAAAACCUGGGAGCAGGGGAGCUAUUCCUCCUGGUGUAGAAACCAGUUGUUGAAACAGCUUUGGGAGAAAAACCUAAGAAGCAGGGGCAGGCUGUAAAGUUUUCUGUCUGUAGAGGCCUGGGUCUUUUCCUAUAUCGGCAGCCUUUGUUUAGCUCCUUGCUAACCUCAGGCCCUGAAGCUUUCACGAAAUAAGGCUCCCAAUGGCUACAGAGAAGGUCUAAGUGAAUUCUUUCACACCUGAAUCAGCUCUCCCAACUCUAAACCUCAACAUGAGGAGAUCAUCCUGCAGACUGCGCCAUGGGUCGACUUGAUGGCAAGGUCAUCGUUUUGACUGCUGCUGCACAAGGAAUUGGUCGGGCAGCUGCUUUAGCCUUUGCCAAAGAAGGGGCCAAAGUCAUAGCAACAGAUAUCAAUGAAUCCAAACUUCAAGAGCUAAAUGAGCAUCCAGGCAUUCAAACUCGAGUUCUUGAUAUAACAAAAAAGGAACAAAUUGAGAAGUUCUCCAAGGAAAUUGAGAGACUCGAUGUUCUUUUUAAUGUUGCUGGGUUCGUCCAUCAUGGAAGCAUCCUGGAAUGUGAGGAGAAAGACUGGGACUUUACCAUGAAUCUGAAUGUCCGAAGCAUGUUCUUGAUGAUUAAGGCAUUUAUUCCCAAAAUGCUUGCCCAGAAAUCUGGCACCAUUAUCAACAUGUCUUCUGUGGCUUCCAGCAUCAAAGGAGUUGUCAACAGAUGCGUAUACAGCGCGUCCAAAGCGGCAGUGAUUGGACUGACAAAAUCCGUGGCCGCCGAUUUCAUCCACCAGGGUAUCAGGUGCAACUGUGUGUGUCCGGGAACUGUUGAUACACCUUCUCUGCAUGACAGAAUCCAGGCUAGCCCAGACCCCAAAAAGGCAAUGGAUGAUUUCUUAAAGAGACAGAAGAUGGGAAGACUAGCAACAGCAGAAGAAGUGGCCCUGUUGUGUGUGUACUUGGCCUCUGAUGAAUCUGCCUACAUGACUGGUAAUGAAGUCAUCAUUGAUGGAGGCUGGAGCUUGUGAUUUCUGAAUUGUAACAGUGGAAAAGAAGCCUCUUCCCAGUUACACUGAGCUUGGACAUGAAUAGUAAACACCUGACAAAUUUAUGUAGCACUUUAUAGUUUUAAAAUGAUACAUUUAAAUUUCAUUGCUACAUGAUAAUGUUGAAUUUAAUUAGUAAUUUUUUUAUUCUUCAUAUGAACAUACUCAAAGUGAUAGUUAAAUUGAUUCAAUUAGAAGGCAUCUAAUCUGUUACACAAUUCUGAAAUGUUCUUGGUCUUCUGUCCUCCUGAACUUUUUAGAUACUCAGAAUAAAAUUAUGUUGUGCUCA